CCAAUUUCUCGUCCCCGCUCUGCUCCAAAAUAUCGGCGGCGAUCCCGGCUCCGGCUCCGCCGCGGGUUUUUCGGCGUCGCGCCCGAAUUAUGAGUUUCGAUGCAUUUUAGGCUAAAAGUGCUCGGGUCUGAAACCUACGUGCUUUUCUUGUCGCCGAAGAUGGUGUCAGCGAAUAUAUAUCCGCGCACAUGAACAGCGAUGAUGCGUUGCUGAAUCUGUCUGAAAAGCCGCAAUAAGCAUGACGGUUUUGCAAAUUAUGAUACUAAACCAUUCAUGCUGCUACGCCCUCGUCUGGAACUUUCUUCUUCUCAUGCAACCGUGUGUAAGCAAACCUAGCGUCGAAGCGACUGGGAUGACUUUUAGAGGUGGUGUGGGUUCGAUCACCUGGAGUUCUAUUGGUGUUCAGUAAUUCUCGGCAAACACUCUUCGGUAGAAUUGACGACAAUGGAGAGGUACAAAGUGAUACGGGAGAUAGGCGAUGGCACCUGCGGAAAUGUUUUUAGGGCUUAUAACACUGAAACAAACGAAAUUGUUGCAGUUAAAAAAAUGAAGAGAAAGUUUUUCCAAUGGGAAGAGUGCAUUAGUCUGCGAGAAGUGAAGGCACUUCAAAAACUAAAUCAUCCCAACAUUGUGAAGUUGAAGGAGGUGACGAUGGAAAAUCACGAGCUGUUCUUCAUUUUUGAAAACAUGGAAUGUAACUUGUAUGAUGUCAUAAGAGAAAGGCAAGCUGCUUUCUCAGAAGAGGAGAUUCGGAAUUUUAUGGUGCAGAUACUGCAAGGUCUUGCAUAUAUGCAUAACAAUGGUUAUUUCCAUCGUGACCUGAAACCUGAAAAUCUCUUGGUGACAGAUGGCACUGUUAAAAUUGCUGAUUUUGGGUUGGCAAGAGAAGUUUCUUCCAGUCCUCCUUACACUGACUAUGUUUCCACCAGAUGGUAUCGAGCUCCAGAGGUGCUGCUGCAGUCAUCAGCUUACACACCUGCUAUUGAUAUGUGGGCUGUUGGUGCGAUUUUGGCUGAGCUUUUUACUCUGUCUCCCCUUUUCCCUGGUGGAAGUGAGACCGAUCAGCUAUACAAAAUAUGUGCUGUCCUUGGGACACCUGACCAUACUGUCUGGCCAGAGGGAAUGAACCUGCCUCGUUCAAGCAGCUUCAAUUUUUUUCAGAUUCCGCCAAGACAUUUAUGGGAGCUUGUUCCUAAUGCUACUUUGGAAGCUAUUGACUUGAUUCAGCAACUUUGUUCCUGGGACCCACGAAGGAGGCCAACUGCGGAGCAAUCACUACAGCAUCCAUUCUUUAACGCGGGCAACUGGGUACCAAGGCCGCUCCAUGAUGCCUCUCAUACAAAGACAACAGAAUCUAGACUGAAUCCAAGGUUGGAACUGAACCUGUGGGAUUUUGGUACAGAACCUGAGGACAGUUACCUUGAUUUAACUCUCAGUCUAAAGCCAAGUUUUUCUGGAACAGAUUUUUCUAACAAUGUUUCAGAACAUACAAAAGAGGAAAUACUGCUGCACUCAGGAUUUGAGAAUCCUCCUGUGCAAGUGCAAUCAGCAGGGUUUUGGCCUCUUGUUGCAUCUGAUCGGCCCAUGGGUGAUGUUCCAGCCAUGUCGUCCUGGCCGCAGACAUAUGUAGCUGACAGCCAAGCCACACUUCCAGCUGUUGGAUUCUCGGGUUCACCAUUCGGUUUGUCUCCAUUACAACCGAAUCUGUUUGAGAACCGUUCAUUCGCAACACCCAUCCGGCAGGUCAAUUUCUUCUGAGUGGAUACCAUUAACAAACAGAUUGAGCACUGAAACUAUUUUUCAGUCCAUACAUUCAACUUGUUCCUUUAUACAUCGCACCAAAUAAACGGCGGCGGCAGAUGAAAUGUAUAUACUCGUAGCUUGUUUUCUUCCUUCCUUUUCUCCUCGUCUAAUUCCACUCACGGAGUGCUUCUGUAAUGCCAGAUUCUAUAUUCUCUACAUGUGAAUAUGACCUCCGAAACAGUUUUGCAUGUCGAUUUCUCAAUGAUAAGCUGAAGAUGUCCUGAGC